AUGGCCCGAUUCCGCGUCCCGCAUACGCUUGUUUUGCUACUCGGCAUGAUCGCCCUGGCGUUGGUGGCGUCGUACUUGCUGCCUCAAGGCGAAUUCGAGCGCUUCGAGAACGCCAACGGCCGGGAGCAGGUCAAGGCUGGCACCUACCAUGCGCUGGAAGACGCCGAGAGGGUCUCACCGCUGGCCAUUUUCACCGCCAUUCCCCAGGGCUUCGAGGCCGCCUCGGAGAUCAUCUUCUUUGUCUUCAUCGCCGGCGGAUUGUUCUCGGUGCUGCGCAAGACCGGCACCAUCGACGCUCUGAUCGGCCUGCUGCUCGACAAGCUAGGAGGUGCCCCGCAGCUGUUGAUCGGCGGCGGUAUCCUGGUCUUCGCGAUCGGCUCGAGCACCAUCGGCAUGGCCGAAGAAUACAUCCCAUUCGUGCCAGUGCUUCUGACCCUCUGUAUCGCCCUUGGAUUUGAUGCGAUGACCGCCAUCGGCAUCCUCUGUAUCGGCUACGGCGUCGGCUACGGCACGGCACUGAUCAACCCAUUCACGGUGUUGAUAGCCCAGGGCGUCGCCGAGUUGGAGCCGGCAUCGGGGCUAGGCUUCCGCCUGGUCCUAUUCGUGGUCUUCGUCGCGGUCGGCAUACACCACGUCUGGUCCUACGCCAACCGGGUACGUAAAGAUCCGGCCAGCAGUUUGGUCGCCGAUAUCGAGCCCGACCCAACGCUCAAGGCCACCGAGCGGGUACCAAUCACCAGCCGCCACUGGCUAAUCCUCGCCGUCGUGGUAGGGACCAUCGGCUUGAUAGUCCAUGGACUCGGUCAAUGGUCAGGGUGGGGUUGGGGCAUCCACCAGAUGGGCGCCGUCUUCCUCGGUCUAUCGGUCGUCUUGGCCCUGGUCGCCUGGAUGAGCCCAGAUGACACCGCCAAAGCUUUCUGCGAGGGUGCCGCCGAGCUAACCACCACCGCCCUGCUAAUCGGAUUCGCGCGCUCGAUCUUGAUCAUCCUCGACGACGGCAAGGUCAUCGACACCUUGGUUUACGGCAUCUCCUUGCCGCUGUCGCACACCGGCCCGACCGUGGCGGCGAUCGGCAUGCUGGCUUUCCAGAGUCUGUGCAACCUGUUCAUUCCGUCGGGCUCGGGCCAGGCUUACGUCACCAUGCCGAUCAUGGCGCCGCUAGGCGAUCUGGUGGGGGUGCAGCGCCAGGUAGCGGUAUUGGCCUACCAGUUCGGUGACGGGUUUACCAACAUCUUGGUGCCCACCAACGCGGCGCUGAUCGGCAUUCUGACCAUGGCCCGAAUUCCCUACGACCGCUGGCUGCGGUUCAUCCUGCCCUUCAUGUUCAAGGCCUGGAUCGUCGGUGGCCUGGCGUUGGCAGUGGCGGUGUGGAUCGGCUACAACUGA